AUGAGUGACGAAGAGUCAUACGUUACCGACGGAAAGGAAGGGUUCGAGGAGCCCCUCAAGAAGAAUGGCGAGAAGAAACCUCUGUCUGCGCAGGACCUGGAGCCCUUUGGUAAUGAAGAGACGGCAGAGGUCAAGUAUCGAACUAUGAAGUGGUGGCACUGCGGCAUGCUCAUGAUCGCGGAGAACGUCUCUGUUGGAAUCCUGUCGCUCCCUUCUGCGGUCGCAACUCUGGGCAUGGUACCUGCUGCAAUCAUGAUCCUCUUCAUCUCUGCUCUUUCCUGGUAUACUGGGUAUGCCAUUGGUCAAUUCAAGCUCCGUCACCCCCACAUCCACAGCAUGGGAGACGCUGGCGAGCUCCUGAUGGGCCGUGUUGGUCGCGAGGUUCUUGGAAUUGGCCAGCUUCUGCUGCUUAUAUUCCUCAUGGCUAGCAAUAUCUUGACCUUCAACAUCUUAAUGAACGUACUGACCGAUCACGGUACCUGCACCCUUGUCUUUGGCGUGGUCGGCCUUGUGAUUUGUUUCCUUGGAGCUCUGCCUCGUACCAUGGAAAAGGUGUACUGGAUGUCUGUCAUUUCAUUCUUGAGUGUCCUGGUUGCUACGAUCAUCACCAUGAUCACUGCCGGCGUGGAAGCUAAGGAACACGUCGUUAACGAGGUGACUACGGAGGUUUCUUUCCGUGAUGGAUUCCUCGCUGUCACCAACAUCAUCUUCGCCUACCUUGCUCACGUUGCUUACUUUGGCUUCAUGUCAGAGACGGAGGAUCCUCGUACAUUCAACAAGUCCCUCGCGAUGCUUCAGAUUAUCGACACUGUCCUCUACCUUGUCAGCGCUCUUUUAAUCUACCACUACAUCGGACCCAAUGUUCAGUCACCAGCUAUCUCGUCUCUGAGCCCAGUCAUGAGCAAGGUUGCUUGGGGUAUUGCCAUCCCUACCACUAUUCUCUCCGGCGUCGUUCUUGGCCACGUUGCGUGCAAGUACAUUUACGUGCGCAUUUUCCGCGGUUCUGAUAAGAUGCACAACCGCAGUCUGCUCUCCAUCGGAUCUUGGGUUGCCAUUUGCAUCGGCGUCUGGAUUAUUUCUUGGGUCGUCGCUGAGUCGAUUCCGGUUUUCAAUGACCUACUGAGUCUUAUUAGUGCUCUGUUUGGAAGUUGGUUCAGCUUCGGCCUCCCUGCUGUGUUCUGGCUCCACAUGAACAAGGGCCAAUACUUCCGCAACUGGAAGAAGACGGUGUUGACGAUUACGAAUGUUCUGAUUUUCCUUAUUUCUUGCGUUAUCUGUGGAUUGGGUCUCUACGUGUCCGGCGUUGCGAUCCACGGCGAUUCAGGCUCCAACAGCUGGUCCUGUGCUAACAGUGCCUGA